CGUAGCUAUUCGGUUUUUAAAUUUGCUUACCUCGAUACUCCUGGGAGGGACUCCGUAGUGUACUGGUCCAUAGCCCAGUUUAAAGACAAUAUAAGUAUUUGAAAUAAUUGCGGGAUUUGUAGCUUUGUCCUACCGAACGGAUUAUCCCAAAUUCUGGAGGACUUUGUAUCGACGGUGCUAUGCCUCUGGAUUCCAAUUACCUUAGGAAAUGGCGGCCCUUGAACAAUUUCCAAAGCCAGGACUGAACUGGUGCUGUGAUGUGGGAUCUCUGAGUGCGGCCAGACUUCCCCUCUCACAGAGCAUGCCUCUGAGCCCUGCAGCCAGCCAACAUGAGCCAUCCCCGCACCAGCGUCAGGCGGAGCUGCAGCGGCACUGCACUACCAACGGCAACCAGGGGGACUCGGACAGCUCCAGAGAAGACUCUGCCGCGUACCCCGCCAUCCCAGCCUCCCCCCCCGCCGCCCAGAGCCCCCCCCCCGCCGGACCCAUGGAGGAGCCCAGGGGCAACGCCGUCGUCAUCCGCAUCGGGAUCCCUGACCUGCAGCAGACCAAAUGCAUGAAGUUCAACAUAGAAGCCCCCAUAUGGUCCUCCAAGCAGCGUAUCUUAUGUACUCUGAAUCAGAGCCUGAAGGACGUGCUGAACUAUGGGCUCUUCCAGCCGGCCUACAACGGAAAAGCCGGAAAAUUCCUGGACGAGGAGCGACAGCUGAAAGACUACCCUCUCCCCGCCAUCGCCCCUCUCCCGUACUUAGAGUUCCGUUACAAGAGACGUGUGUACUCGGAGGCUUAUGUAGAUGACAAGCAGCUGGCCAAACUCCACACUAAGGCGAACCUGAAGAAGCUCAUGGAGCAUGUCCAGCAGAGGAACGUUGAGAAAGUGGCGAAGGCGCUGGAGAAGGGUCUCGAUCCCAAUUUUCAUGAUCCCGACACGGGAGAAUGCCCGCUGACCCUAGCCUCUCAGAUGGAGGGCUGUGCAGAGCUGAUCAAGGUGCUGAGGAGUGGCGGAGCCCAUCUGGACUUCAGGACCAGAGACGGGAUAACAGCCCUGCACAGAGCCGUCAGGACCAAGAACCACACCGCCCUCAUCACGCUGUUAGACCUGGGCGCGUCCCCCGACUACAAGGACAGCCGUGGCCUGACCCCCUUGUACCACAGCUCCAUGGUGGGGGGGGACCCCUACUGCUGUGAGCUGCUGCUGCACGACCACGCCCAGGUGGGCUGCAUGGAUGAGAACGGCUGGCAGGAGAUCCACCAGGCCUGUCGUCAUGGACACGUACAGCACCUGGAGCACCUCCUGUUCUACGGAGCGGACAUGAGCGCGCAGAACGCCUCGGGAAACACCGCACUGCACGUCUGCGCCCUCUACAACCAGGAUAGCUGUGCCCGGGUUCUUUUGUUUCGAGGGGCGAACAAGGAAAUAAAGAACUACAACAACCAAACGGCAUUCCAGGUGGCUAUUAUUGCUGGGAAUUUUGAUCUGGCGGAAAUCAUAAAGAUUCACAAAGCAUCAGACGUUGUGCCUUUCCGGGAGACCCCCUCCUACACCAACCGUCGGCGGGUGAUGGGCAGCGGCACCCUGACGUCUCCCCGCUCGCUGCUCCGCUCGGCCAGCGACAACAACCUCAACGCGGAGGGCCGCGCCCACUCGCACUCCCCCGUGCCCUCCCUGCGCAGCCUGCCCCAGCUGGCCGGCCAGCCCCCCGGGGAGGGAGCCGACAGCAGCCUCCAGAGCACCGGCAGCUCCCGCAGCUCCCACUCCCGCUCGCCGUCGCUGCACCGCGUCCAGGAGGAGGCCGACAAGCUCAGCCUGAGGAGGCACGCCCGCGGGAGGCUCAGUCCCAGCACGGUGCAGCGGGACCCCAGCCCGCCUCCCCAGCCGCCGCUGGCCCUCCCCGGGCCCCGGGGCCCCAAGAGGAAGCUGUACAGCGCCGUGCCGGGCCGGACCUUCAUCGUGGUCAAGCCCCACACACCGCAGGGGGAGGGGGAGAUCCAGCUGAACCGCGGGGAGAGGGUGAAGGUGCUGAGCAUUGGAGAGGGGGGAUUCUGGGAAGGCUCGGUGAAAGGUCGGACAGGCUGGUUUCCUGCAGACUGCGUGGAGGAGGUGCAGAUGAGGCAGUAUGACCCGCGCCUCGAGACGAGAGAGGACCGCACUAAAAGACUGUUCCGGCAUUACACCGUGGGCUCCUAUGACAACUUCACCUCCUACAGCGAUUACAUCAUCGAGGAGAAGAACGCCGUCCUGCAGAAGAAGGAGAACGAGGGCUUCGGGUUCGUGCUGCGAGGGGCGAAAGCGGAGACGCCCAUCGAGGAGUUCACGCCCACUCCGGCCUUCCCCGCACUGCAGUACCUGGAGUCUGUGGACGUGGAGGGCGUGGCCUGGAGGGCGGGGCUUAGGACGGGGGACUUCCUCAUCGAGGUGAAUGGGGUAAACGUGGUGAAGGUGGGGCACAAACAGGUGGUCUCCCUGAUCCGGCAGGGGGGCAACCACCUCCUGAUGAAGGUGGUCUCCGUCAGCCGUAAGCCCGAAUCGGAGGAGGUGGUGCGGAAGAAAGCUCCCCCGCCACCCAAGCGGGCCCCCAGCACCACGCUCACACUGCGCUCCAAGUCCAUGACGGCGGAGCUGGAGGAGCUGGCAUCCGCACGGAGGAGAAGAGGGGAAAGGCUGGAUGAGAUGCUGAUCGCCCAGGAGUCUGUGAUGCGGCCUCGGGAGCCUGAACCUGACUACAGGGCCGCCACGGUGAAGCAGCGGCCCACCAGCAGGAGAAUCACGCAGGCCGAGAUCAGCUCUCUGUUUGAGCGUCAGGGGAUGGUGGCCCACGGAAUGCACCCGGGGAUGGAGAAGGCUCACAUACCGCUGCCCAAGGGAAUGUCCAGGACCAAGUCUUUCGGGGCAUCAGAAGAGGACAGGCUGUCGGCGCUGGUGGGAGAAGCAAGGUUUCCGAGGAGCUCGUCAAUGACAGACAGCCUCAGAGAUAGUCAUAGCAUCCCUCCCCCUCCCCAAACCGCGCCCCCUCCUCCCCCAUCUCCGUAUUACCAGGACACGCCCCCCACCUUCUGCCCGCCCCCUCCACCGGGGCGGGGUCACGACCAGGGCCGCUCCAGCUUUAAGCCGGGCUCUGAGGCGAAGCUCCACGGCCUGACGCAGGUGGUCACCACGGCCGAGAUCUACGACCCGCCGAGGUCCUCUGCCCACGCCGAGCGGCAGAAGAAGGCCCGCUCCAUGAUCAUCCUCCAGGACUCGUCCCACCUCCCCGUGGAGCCCACCGACCUGCCCCGGCUAGGGCCCUCCUCCACCCCUCCCGAAAAGAUCAAGAGGAAAGGGCGGAUCAUCGACAACCCGUACGCCAACGUGGGCCAGUUCAGCAUAGGCCUGUACACACCCAUGAAGCCCCAGCGCAAGAAGAGCCCGCUGGUCAAGCAGCUGCAGGUGGAGGACGCGCAGGAGCGGGCGUCCCUGGCCCUCGCCCACUCCCGCGACCACUCCCCCACGGGCCGCAUCCCGCACACGAGCAGGGCCGAGUACUACCAGCAGCAGCUGCUCCAGGACCGGCUGCGGGCGCAGGCGGGGGAGGGGCCCUUCUCCGCCGUCAUCGCGGGAGCCGUGCGGGACCGGGAGCGGCGGCUGCAGGAGCGGCGCAAAUCCACAGUCUUCCUGUCGGUCGGCACGGUGGAGGGGGGAUCCGCCCCAGAGCUGCCGUCCCUCACCCAGUCCCGCUCCAUCGACGAGCGGCUGCUCAGCCGGGAGCUGGGCCAGCUGCCUCCCCCCGCCCCUGCCCUGGCCCCCCGGGCCUCGCCCAGCGGGACCACCUUCAUCCACCCCCUCACCGGGAAGCCCCUGGACCCUAACUCCCCUCUGGCACUUGCGCUGGCCGCAAGGGAGCGCGCUCUGACGUCCCAGAGCCAGUCGCCCUCUGGCAGCCCCGAGUCCAGGACUAAGCACGAGUCGCCAGGGCCUUUGUUUGUCGACACCCAGACCAAAGAGGCGGAAAGAUCGGAAGCGGAGGGUGAGCUCAUGUCACCGCACUACUCCCCGGCAGCUAAAGGGGCCUACGGACCCACCUCGGGUGGGGCGGCUGUGGGCCCCUCCAAAAGCCCAUGGGGGAGCCCGUCGACGUUGCGCAAGGAGAUGGACACGAGGCCGGAUAAGAGGAAAGAGGACAGGAAGCAGGAGGACAAGAAGAGUAUGAUCAUCAGCAUCGUUGACACCUCACAGCAGAAGACGGCGGGCCUCAUCAUGGUCCACGCGACCAGCAAUGGGCAGGCUAUGGAGCUGGGCCUGGAGGGGGCAUCCGCCUCACCUGCAGGGACGCCGACUGAGACCUCCAAACCCAUGCUGGGAGAGAUCAAGCGUGGCCCGUCCCCAAGCCCGGAGGCAGCGGCCAGUCAGCCGCAGGGGAGCCCAUCGGCAGAGAAGAAGCUGGCCCAGGGCAGCUCGGAGGAGGAUGUGGAGCCCUACACUGUCACCCUCCCGCCCGCCCUGCUGUCCUCCAGUGACGAGGAGACGCGGGAGGAGCUCCGAAAGAUUGGCGUGGUGCCGCCACCCGACGAGUUUGCCAACGGCCUCCUAGGGAAGCAGGGCGAAGCAUUGGGCCCUCAUCCUCCGCUGUCCCGGUUGGUCACCCCUUCCGCCUCAACCCAAGCAGCAGCAGCAGCAGCAGCACACCCUCCCACCGGUGGAACACCCUCAGGGAAGCCCUCGGAAGCCCACCUGGGGCCCGAGUCAGCGGCCGACUCCGGGGUGGAGGAGGUGGACGCCCGCAGCUCGAGCGACCACCACCUGGAGACCACGAGCACCAUCUCCACGGUCUCCAGCAUGUCCACGCUCUCCUCGGAGAGCGGCGAGCCCAUGGACACCUACAGCUCCUACGCCGACGGGCAGACUUUUAUACUCGACAAGCCGCCAGUGCCUCCAAAGCCAAAACUCAAGUCCCAGCUCGGCAAGGGGCCGGUGACCUUCAGGGACCCUCUAUUGAAGCAGUCCUCGGAUAGCGAGCUCCUCUCCCAGCAACACGCGGCUGCGCUGGCUGCGGCUGCCAGUGCCGGCCGACCCCGCUACCUCUUCCAGAGAAGGUCCAAGCUUUGGGGCGACCCCGUGGAGCCGCGGCUGCCCCCGGGGCCCGAUGACGGCAAGCCCACUGUGAUCGGGGAGCUGAGCUCCCGGCUCCAGCAGCUCAACAAGGACACGCGCUCGCUGGGGGAGGAGCCUCUCGGAGCCUCGCUCGACCCCGGGAGAAAGUCCCCAGUGGCGGGAGCCAGACUGUUCAGCAGUUUAGGAGAGCUCCACACCAUUUCCCAGAGGAGCUACGGCACCACCUACACCAUCCGCCCGGGCAGCCGCUACCCCGUCACCCGCCGCACCCCCAGCCCGGGGAAGGGCUCCCCGGACCGGACCGACCCGCUAGGGCCCAUCCGGGGCUACGGCCUGAGCCACUCCCCCUCGGCGCCCCCCACCAUCCUCAAGUCGUCCAGCCUCAGCAUCCCGCACGAGCCCAAGGAGGUGCGCUUCGUGAUGCGGAGCUCCAGCGCGAGGAGCCGGUCCCCCUCGCCCUCGCCCUCGCCCCUGGGCUCCCCCCUGCUGGCCCUGCGGCCCUUCCACCAGAAGCCCCUGCAGCUGUGGAACAAGUACGACGUGGGCGACUGGCUGGAGAGCAUCCACCUGGGCGAGCACCGCGAGCGCUUCCAGGACCACGAGAUCGAGGGCACGCACCUGCCCGCCCUCACCAAGGACGACUUCGCCGAGCUGGGCGUGACCCGCGUGGGCCACCGCAUGAACAUCGAGCGCGCGCUCAAACAGCUGCUGGAGAGCUGA